AUGAAGUGGAUCGUGUCUCCUCUCGUUUUCGCUGCUGCUGCCAAUGCGCAUGCCAUCUUCCAAAAAGUGUUUGUCAAUGGUGCCGACCAAGGUCUUCUCGUUGGCCUUCGCGCACCAAGCACCAACAAUCCCAUCUCGACAGUGACCGAUGCCAACUUUGCUUGUGACACUCCCGGAUCCACUUCGAGCACCAUCAUCAACGUCAAGGCGGGCGACACCAUUGGCUCGUACUGGCAACAUAUCAUUGGAGGCCCACAGGGUACCAAUGACCCAGAUAACCCAAUUGCUCCUUCGCAUAAGGGUCCUAUCCAGGCGUAUCUCGCCAAAGUGGACAACGCCGCCACGGCGUCGAGCACUGGCCAGAAGUGGUUCAAGGUCGCGAGCGAGGGUCUCAGCGGCGGUAAAUGGGCUGUUGAUACUAUGAUUGCCAACGGUGGCUUGUGGAGCUUUCAACUCCCGCAGUGCAUUGCCCCAGGCAACUACCUCCUCCGCGUCGAGCUUUUGGCUCUUCACAACGCGUACAGCCAGAAUGGCGAGCAGUUCUACAUGUCCUGCGCACAGAUCAACGUCACGUCUGGUGGAAGCUUCAGCCCUUCGACCACCGUCUCGUUCCCGGGCUCAUACUCUGCUACGGACCCCGGUAUCUUGAUCAACAUUUACGACAGCUCCGGACAGCCGACCAACGGUGGUAAGACGUACGUUCCUCCGGGUCCGGCCGUCAUCACUUGCGAUGGAAGCAACUCGAACCCUACGACUGUUUCGUCGAGCUCGAGUACUCGUGCUUCUAGCUCUUCUUCGUCCACGCGAACGUCGAGCACCUCUACCCGCGCCUCGACGACGAGUUCGGCCAACGGGUCGGGACAGACUCUCUACGGACAGUGUGGAGGACAAGGCUGGACCGGGCCCACGACAUGUGCCUCUGGAACCUGCAAGGCUUCGAACCAAUGGUACAGCCAGUGCCUGCCUUAA